UUCGUUGUGAUGAUGUGGUGUGCUAGUGUCUAGUUCCGCGUAGGUGUUUCUUAGGUGAGUGGAAGUAAACUUUAACAAUGACGGAUUCCCUGUACCUUCCGUAGCUCAGCGUCACGCUCGCUCUCUUAGUCCCUGCGGUUUUUUUGUAAUUAAAAAUAAAAGCUCCUUUGAUGCCAUGUGCCAGUAAGCCGGUGUUUGUGCUUCGUGCGCUGGCUGAGGAGCUGGAGGAUGGACGUGUGUCUGUGUGCCGUGCUCCAGGCUCUGCUCGUCCUGGCUGUGCUCGCCUUGGCUUUGGUUGUUUUGAUUGCCCAUGUUAGCGCCGGUAUGGUGAACCAGACAAGCCGCGAUCAGGAGAGAUACUUCCUUACCCCUGGGGGGGAGAAGAACCCUUUCCCCAGUCUGUCUGACCCCCAUUCCCGGGAACUGUCUGUAGUAGUGCCCUCCUACAACGAGGAGUUCCGAUUGCCGGUUAUGAUGGAAGAAGCCAUGGCGUACUUGGAGAAAAGACAGUCUGUGCAGAAGGAGAACCCAUCAUUCACCUAUGAAGUCAUAAUAGUUGAUGAUGGCAGCAGAGACAGAACCACAGAGGUUGCCUUGGGGUACACCAAGAAGUAUGGGGCAGACAAAGUGAGAGUACUUACACUAGUAAAGAAUCGUGGGAAAGGGGCUGCUGUCCACAUGGGCACCCUGAGCUCUCGAGGCCGUCUCGUCCUGAUGGCGGACGCGGACGGAGCCACAAAGUUUGCUGACAUUGAGAAGGUGGAGGCCGGCCUGCGGAACCUCAGUCCGAAGCCGGAGAACAUGGCUAUCUCCUGUGGAUCCAGGGCUCACCUGGAAAAAGAAUCGGUGGCUCAGAGGUCCCUGUUCCGUACCUUCCUGAUGUACGGCUUCCACUUCCUGGUGUGGUUCUUCUGUGUGAAAGGGAUCAAGGACACUCAGUGUGGCUUCAAGCUGUUCACACGUGAGGCAGCGCUGCGAACCUUCAGCAGUCUGCACGUGGAGCGCUGGGCUUUUGAUGUGGAGCUCCUCUACGUAGCCCAGCGUUUGAAGAUACCUGUAGCAGAAGUGGCAGUCAACUGGACGGAGAUUGAAGGGUCAAAGUUGGUGCCAUUCUGGAGUUGGCUGCAGAUGGGCAAAGAUCUAGUGUUCAUUAGACUCCGUUAUAUCACCGGUGCCUGGAGACUGGAGCCCCUGAGAAAAACCCAGUAGCCCUUCCUUCUGCAGCCAUGUGGAUGUGCAUGAGUGUGCCGUUCCCAUGAACAUAAUGUGCUGCCACAAAUGACAGACUGGCCAGGGCUACCACACUUUGUGUCCAACUACGUACGAACUGUAAUCUUUUAUUGUCAUGAUUUUGGUGAACCGUAAACGUUUUACUUUUCUUGUGGUUUCUGAGCAACAUAUAGAGUUUUUGAUUUAAACAGCCCUGAACAUGGUCGGCCAAAUAAAAGAGUAUAACAAUCA